AUGUACAAAUAUACUUAUUUUCUUGCCCUCAUUUACCAAAGUGUACACUCAUACGACCAAGAGGUAACAGAACCCAUCCCGGUAUGCCCCUGUGAAUACACCUACAACCCAGUCUGUGGCUCAGACGGCAUCACCUAUAUGAAUCAGUGCGUUCUCGAGUGCAACAGCGACCUUAGCGAACAGGAUCGGAGGGGUACGAUCGCAAAAGUUCGAGACGGGGAGUGUUCGCAAUGCAUCUGCCAGAAGGUCGACCUCCCGGUCUGUACUUUGGAAGGACUGACCUUCCCUAACGAAUGCGAACUCGGCUGCGAGAAUAUAAAACGCAUUCGAGCUAAGCAACCGUUUUUGAAUCUAGCGUACCGAGCCGGUUGUAUCGGCCCGUCUACGGGCUGCACGGACAUAGCCGCGCCCGUUUGCGGAUCCGAUAACAUCCUAUACAGAAACAAAUGUGUGCUGGACACGGCUAAUUCUAUCAGCGUCAAACGUGGUGGACCCGCCAUCUACCUCAAAAAUAACGGCGCCUGCUUAGAGAGCUGCCUGUGCCCUCUCGAACAUCAACCGAUCUGCGGAACUAACGGGUGCUAUUACGAGAACGUGUGCUACCUGGUCUGUCAGAAUAAGUUCAACUACUGUUCGAGGUACCCCGACAUCGGUAUCGCAGACGAGUCUGUUUGCGACGGCUGUUAUUGUCUAGAAGAAAAGAAUCCCGUCUGCGGAACCGACGGCAGAACUUACAGAAACCCUUGUCAGCUAAACUGCGAAGCGAAGAGGCGGCAAAGUAACUUAACCAUAAAGAACUAUGGAUCGUGUACAGGGUGUUACUGUAAAGAUGAUAAGAUUCCCGUUUGCGGAACGGAUCACAAUACUUAUGUGAACGAAUGUCAACUGAGGUGCAAGAAUAGCAAGCGCGUGGACGGAUACAGUAUAGGAGUCUUGCACCAGGGCGCGUGCCAACCGGAGGGGUGCUCCUGUAACAAAAUAUGUCCGCCUGAAUACGAGCCGGUUUGCGGCACAGAUGGAAAGACCUACUGGAAUUUGUGUUGGCUAAAUUGUAACGCCGACUGCACGGAGAGACAGCAAAACACGAGACAUACAUUGUUCGUCUUGAAACAAGAGUCGUGUUAUGCGUAA